AUGUCUACAGAAGUGGCCCAAGACGGAUCUGACGAGGCCGUCCCCAUACCAUACGUCGAGGGCGCCUGGAUACAACUUGAAAUCAUUCAAAAUUAUCAGGAUUCACCUUUACCCCAAGCGACUUCAGCAUGUAUCACCAAGAUACUCGACAUCACCAUGUCUUCAGUGAUGCGCGUUAUCAUCCAUCUGGACUCAGGCAGGCGUGUUGAGGCAGUUCUCAAACUAUAUGACCGUCGCUUCGGUGUUGAUCUUCGCGGUAACGGAUACUUGACGGAACACUGGCCUUUGACAGUUGCAAAGGAAGCGUUGUUUGAGUCCUCUGUAAGGCGCAAUGCCAUCGACUCUUUUCUCACAAAGCUUGCCCAAGACCAGGAGAAGGCUAGGUUACCUAUCGCAGCCCAGGACUUUCUUUACAGCGAUGACGAAGAUGACGAAGAAAGCGAUGAUGAAGACAAUGACGAUGAUGGCGUUGAUAAAAGCGUAAAAUACGAAGCGGCUCUCUGGAAGCAGUGCGAAGACAUGUUUAACCGUGAAGUCAAGGCCUAUGAGCAUUUGAAAGACUUCCAAGGCACGGGAAUUCCGCGUCUACUGGCCAGUGUCCGGCUAGCUGGCGCAAGCUCUAUCAUUCCAUUAGAUCUCGUCAACGACCCUGCUGCAAAAUACUGGGACGUCAAAGGCAUUCUGCUACAGUUUAUUCCUGGAAUCAAUUUGAUCAAUCUUGACAGCUCAUCAAUAGAUGUCAAGGAAUGGGAACCCCUGGUACAGCGUUCUGUAGAUUUAGCUCAUGAGAUUAACAAAUCCGGCUUGGUUAUGAAGGACUGUUCCCCGCGCAAUGUGAUUAUAGAUCGGGAGUCACAACAGCCAUUUAUGAUCGAUUUUGCGCAGUGUUGGCUCAAGCAUGAAAUGAAGAUACGCUGGGACUCUCCUUCGGAGUCUGACGAGGAGGAGGAGGAUGAGAAGGAGGAGGAGGAGGAGAAGGAUGAGAAGGAGGAGAAGGAUGAGAAGGAGGAGAAGGAGGAGAAGGAGGAGAAGGAGGAGAAGGAGGAGAAGGAGGAGAAGGAGGAGAAGGAGGAGAAGGAGGAGAAGGAGGAGGAGGAUUUUAAUUUAGAAGACGAGUAUUGGUAUCGAGCGGGAUCUACUAAUAACCCUGCUGCUAUUGGAACUGUCAUGGCUGGUCGACUGAAGAGUGAAAAGGGUGUCGAAAUCAAGAUUCAGUACCCAAAUACCAUGGCGCUCAUGGUUAGACCGCAAGACUACUACACAUACUCAUAA